AUGCUUAAUAACCGGAAAGAUUACGGUGAAGUGAAUGUGGUAUCCCUGAUAACGGGUUCUCGACGGCUAUUGGUAGCCGUAUGCUCCUCCCUGUACCUGUUAGACUGGGCUAUAGCCGGAGACGCGGCCCUAAGGCUACUGACAACUGUCGACAUCGGUCUACCAGACAACGUCAUUAACGAAGGGAAGCCAGAUGCCGAAGGACGGUUUUGGGCAGGUACAAAAGGCCCGCAGACAGGUGAUGAUGUGGUACCAGACAAAGCCACUUUCUACAGCGUGGAGCAAGAAAGUUUCAAACACCCGCGUAUACACCUUCGACCAGUAUCCAUCUCAAACGGCAUCGUCUGGUCACUGAACAACACAGUACUUUACUACAUCGACUCUUCUACGCAGAGAAUCGAUGCGUUCGACUUUGAUGUGCAAGGAGGACAUUUAACUGCAAGAAGAACGGUGCUAGACAUUUCAAGUGCUGGAUACGAGGACGCGUUUCCUGACGGCAUGACAAUUGACAGCAACGGAAAUUUGUGGGUAGCGCUCAUGUACGGUGGUACUGUAUUACACGUGGAUCCAGACACAAGGCAAAUAGUGUUCGGGUACAAGCUACCCGUGUCACGAGUGACGUCAGUAUGUUGGGGUGGGCCCAAACUCGACGAGUUGUUCGUGACGACUGCUCGAGACAACUCUGAUGCCACCUCAGAGCCGCUAGGUGGCGCUAUUUUCACGAUACGAGGCACUGGCAGUCGCGGCGUAACACAUAUAACGCCAAAUCAAUAUAAAACAUUUGAGUACACGAAUCUAACGUUCUCACACGCCGAGAGCCCGGUUUGGGACCCGGAUAUCGAUACUUUAUAUUGGGUGGAUGUAUUACAACAAGACGUCCACGCACUCAACUACAAAACUAAGAAACAUAAAGUUAAACAUAUCAAUUACGGUGAGGUGAACAUAGUAAUACCAGUAAAGAACAGCAGUAGAUUGUUAGUUGGCGUCAGGAAUGAGCUACACCUAAUGGACUGGACGAUGCCCGGGGACUCUGCCCUGAGGUUCGUAGCGGCUUUGGAUCAAGGGCUGCCCGACAAUAUUCUGAAUGAAGGGAAGGUGGAUGCGUUGGGGAGAUUCUGGGGAGGAACAAAGGGUCAUCAGCGCGGCAACGUUGUGGUUUACGACGAGGGCACGUUGUACAGCUUGGAGCCGCCGCACUUUGUGCCUCAAAUCCGUCUGAAGCCGGUGUCCAUAUCGAACGGCCUUGUUUGGUCUCUGAACAACACCAUAAUGUAUUACAUCGACUCAAUGUCCCGGAAAAUUGAAGCUUUCGAUUUCAAUUUAGAAAGAGCACACAUAAGCAAACGUCGCACGAUCCUACAUUUAGAUGAUUACUGGGAUGACGAAGUUAUAGCAGACGGGAUGACUAUUGACAAGGAUGGAUUCAUUUGGAUUGCUCUCAUGUUUCAUGGUUGUAUAGUACGCGUCGAUCCUGAUAAGAAGACAAUAGUGGAACGCUACAAGCUGCCUGUUUCCCUGACGACUUCUUUAACUUGGGGCGGACCCAACCUGGACGAUCUGAUCGUCACCACGUCCCGUCGGAACAUGAGCCCCGAGACUCUUAUGAAAGAACCUCUCUCUGGCGCCGUCUUCAUACUUCAUAAUAUGGGCACAGGAGGCGUCCAAGGAAAUAAAUUCGUUUUUCCUAACGCCGAUACUUAUAAAUAA